AUGGGGAAGACAACUCUUGCUCGAAAAGUUUAUAAUGAUCGAAACAUUAAGGAACACUUUCCUUGUCGUUUAUGGAUUCACGUAUCUAGCGACUACAAGAUGGAAGAGUUGUUGCAGGACAUCAUAAAGCAGAUCCUCAUCAAUGAUGAUGAGGAGGAGAGAAAGAAGAUGAGCCUUAAAGAUUUGGCCAUUGAAAUCUACAAGCUUUUAAAGACUACUCCGACCAGGUACCUUGUUGUUUUUGAUGAUGUUUGCACAAUCCAAUUCUGGGCUGACAUUCAUAUGCUCUUCCCCAACAACAAAAACAAAGAAGUGAAGGUGGUGGUGGUGGAAGUAGGAUAA